AUGUUUAACCAGUACUUCCUGGCGGCGCUUGACGGAACUCCCGAGCAAAAGGCGCUUGAUGCGAGCAUCCGGAAAACCAUGGAGAGGCGGAUCGGGAACGACCCCGAGCUGAUCAAGCGCUUCGAGCCAAAGUUCAAAGUAGGCUGCCGUCGUCUGACCCCUGGCGACGGCUACCUCGAGGCCCUGCAGCAGGAAAACGCCAAAACCGUCUGGACCCCUAUCACCAAGAUUACCGAGAAGGGCAUCCUGACGGCAGAUGGUGAAGAGGAGUAUGAUCUGAUCGUCACAGCCACCGGGUUUGAUGUGAGCUUUCGACCAUCGUGGAAUCUGGUCGGACGAAACGGCGCCUCGCUGGCAAAGGACUGGGAAAGCGAGCCUGAGAGUUACUUUGGACUCUGCGCUCCAGACCACCCCAACUACUUCAUCUACGCGGGCCCAAACGCCCCGGUCGCGCAUGGUGUCUUGACGAGCCCCCUGGAUGUCAUGACUGCCUACAUCCUGAAGUGGUGCCGCAAGGUAGCCAUCGGGGAUAUCAAGUCCAUCUCGGUGAAGUCAGAGGUGAUGAAUGACCUCGGUGUCUGGUCGCAGGAGCUCCUCUCGAAGACUGUCUGGGCCGACAAUUCUACUAGUUGGUACAAAAAUGGGAAAGCUACAGGCAAGAUUACUGCGCUUCACCCAGGCAGCGUCACCCAUUAUCGAGGUAAGGAGUUCAAGUUUUACUGGCUAUUUGUUCUAUAA